ACGGUGUUGAAUCAAAACGUAGAACGCCGAAGUGCAUUCGCGCUUGCGCGUAUCGAAGCUUUGGGAGCACAAGUAUCCUUCCGGUAAAGUCUUCAGUAGGUCUCGUGCGCGCAAACUGUCAUAAUGCACGAUCGAUUGAACGAUCGUCGAGACAAUAAUACAGGAAUAGGAAAUAAAAAUUAUCAGAAAGAUAUUCGAUACGCUCUGCAAUUCUGUCGUUGGGUUCUCAAACCGAUUGGUAUCUGGCCGUUGAUAUACGAUGGUGUAACGAAAAGGGAAAUAAUUAUUUCGAUCGUUCUCGGUUUCGCUUGCGUUUCCUGUUUAUGCUUUGUCCUCAUACCGUCCGGUCUCCAUACAUUGAUCUACGAGAAGAAUAUAAACGUUAAAUUGAAACUUUUCGGGCCUGUUGGCUUUUGUCUCACGUCAACGAUAAAAUAUUGUUACCUUGGUAUAAAAGGAAAAGCCAUUGGUCGUUGCAUCAUCUACAUGGAGAAAGAUUGGAGGCAUAUAGGAGACGAAGAUUAUCGAAAGAUCAUGAUCAAGCACGCUACGGUAGGUCGCAAUCUUACCAUUCUUUGCGCCAGUUUUCUCUACAGUGGUGGCAUGUCCUAUCAUACGAUUAUGCCGUUGUUCUCGCGCAAAAGAAUCGAUGAGAAUCAUACGAUCAGACCUCUAACUUAUCCGGGAUAUGAUCACUUUUUUGAAUCGCAAGCUAGUCCAACUUACGAGAUCAUUUUUAUUACACACUGCAUAUACGCCUUGAUAACGUACAAUAUAACUACGGCGACCUGUAGCUUGGCGGCUACCUUUGUCAGCCAUGUUUGCGGUCAAGUGCAAAUUAUUAUAUCUCGAUUGGACGAUCUCAUCGAUGGUAAAAGAAGCAAAAAUACAUUAUUAGCGGAUCGUCUUGCAGUGAUUAUUCAGGAUCAUGUCAAGAAUACAAUGUCUCUGAUCGUACAACAUGCAGGUAAGGUAAAUAUUUCUAGAUUUUCAGAACAAGUCGAUAAAGUUCUACGUGAAGUGUGUUUAAUGGAAUUAGUUGCCUCCACCUUAAUUAUAUGUCUACUUCAAUAUUAUUGCAUGACGGAAUGGACUAAUAACGACGCUAUUGCCAUUCUCACGUACUUUAUCCUCCUAGUUUCUUUCACUUUUAAUAUUUUUAUCUUUUGCUACAUCGGUGAGCUGCUCGUUAAUCAGUGCAGAAAAAUUGGUGCAGCCUCUUAUAACAUCGAAUGGUAUCGUCUGACUGCAAAUAAAGGUUUAGACCUUGUUUUAUUGAUAGCGAUAGCGAAUUAUCCACCAAAAAUAACCGCUGGGAAGAUAUUCGAGUUGUCAUUCGCGACUUUCGGUCGUGUGAGUAUUCCUAUUUUCGGUGUUUGUGUAUAUCCAAGCAUCAUGCACGAUGCAUCUUACUCAAUGACGUUCAUAGAGAAGGAUAUCAGGGAGAACGCGUAUUACGAAAGCGACAAACGUUAUAUAAUGCGAUUUCCUCGUUUGGUUCUAACACCAAUCGGUAUUUGGCCUUUAUUAAAAGGACAGGUAUCAAAAACGGAAAAAUUUCUAUCGUUUAUUUUUCUCGUAACAUGUUUUGUCCUAAUGUGCUUCAUCCUGAUACCCUCGACGAUUAAUAUAUUGGUGUUUGAGAAUGAUAUUAAUAUAUUAAUGAAAAAUAUCGGUCCAACCAUUUUUUGCUUCUCUUCGGCCAUAAAGUAUUUCUACUUUGUUUGGCAUAGACACGACUUCAGGAUUUGCAUAGAAUACGUGGAAAAUGAUUGGAAGGCCGUACGAGAAAAAAAAGAUCGUAUUAUCAUGUUGAAAUAUGCGAUCCUCAGUCGAAGACUUACCAAACUCAGUGCAAUCUUUCUUUACGUCGGCGGUAUAUCUUUUCACACGAUCAUGCCGUUUAUCGCUGGACAUCAUUUCGUCGGGAACGUGACAGUCAAAACAUUGAUAUAUAAUGGAUACGAUAUAUUUUUCGAUUAUCAAACGAGUCCAGCUUACGAGAUCGUCUUAUCCAUUCAUUGUUUUACGGCCGUCAUUAUGUAUAACAUUACUACGGCGUCAUGCAGCCUCGCUGCGGUAUUUGUCACUCAUGUCUGUGCUCGGAUCGAAAUAGUGAUGUCGCGUAUCAAUGAUCUCGUCGAUGAUACCUCCGACAAUUACAAGUACAUCAGUUAUCGUCUUGCUACGAUCAUCCGGGAACAUGUUAACGUAUUAAGGUUUGCAAAAAUCAUUGAAAGGGUCUUACGUGAAAUAUGCUUAAUCGAGCUAGUUGUAUCCUCGCUUACCACAUGCUUAUUAGAAUAUCAUUGCAUAACGGAAUGGGAAAAUAGCGACGGAAUUGCGAUUUCCAUAUAUUUUAUUUUGUUCGUUUCUUUGAGUUUCAACAUUUUUAUCUUUUGUUAUAUAGGAGAACUUCUCGUCGAGCAGUGCAGUCAAGUUGCCCAAGCUUGCUACAAUAAUAGAUGGUAUUAUCUGUCCAAAAAGAAAGCCCUCGAUUUUCUUUUGAUAACAAUGAUAUCUCAAUAUCCUCCAAAAAUUACGGCCGGCAAAAUAUUCGAACUCUCGUUAUAUACAUUCGGUAAAGUUCUAAACACCUCCUUCGUUUAUCUAAACGUACUUCGAACGAUCACAAAAGAAACUGUCACGAGUUUCUCUAGCGUUUGCUUUGUCCUGAUACCGGCCGGUCUCUAUACGCUCUUUUACGAGCACAAUAUAAAUAACAAAUUAAAGCUUUUUGGACCAAUCGGUUUCUGUUUGACCUCGACUAUCAAAUACUGUUACCUUGGGCUAAAAGGUGAAGCCAUUGGGCGUUGUAUCGCGCACGUCGAAAAUGAUUGGGAGACGGUGCUCGAUCGGAAUCAUCGAACGAUCAUGAGGAAAUAUGCUACCGUCGGUCGUAAUCUAACUAUUCUCUGCGCCCUUUUUCUUUAUAGCGGUGGUAUAUCCUAUCAUACGGUCAUGACGUUGUCCAUGACCAAGAAGAUCAAUGAAACUCUCACAAUAAAGGCGCUCACCUAUCCAGGAUAUGACAGAUACUUCGACGUGCAAGCUAGUCCAACUUACGAGAUCGUCUUUUUUCUGCAUUGCGUGUGCGCUAUGGUGAUGCAUGGCAUAACGACGGCUGCCUGUAGUUUGGCAGCUAUUUUCGUCACUCAUGCUUGUGGCCAAAUACAAAUUAUCAUGAUUAGAUUGAAUGAUCUCGUUGAAGGUAAAGAGAGCGGUGACAUCAAACUUAACGAUCGUAUGGCUAUCAUUAUCCGAGAUCAUGUAAAAACAUUAAGCACUCAUAUUAAUGAGAAUGUAACAAACGUGUCGACGGACGAAACGAACGAUUAUUGCAGAUUUUCCGCGGAAGUCGAAAAGGUCUUAUGCGUCGUAAACUUGUUAGAAUUAAUAGCAUCUACCUUGAUCAUUUGUUUACUGGAGUAUUAUUGUAUUACGGAGAACUAUUGGUCGAUCAGAGUGGACGCGCUUGCGCAUCCCUUUAAAUCGAAUUAUUCCUAUUCCUUCGCAUCAUCCUCAUGCAAUCAAAUUGACGUGAACAAACUCCCGCGCUCAUGUUUACGUUCAGUCAAGCUCACGCUCUUGAACUGUGUUCAACUGUGUCCUAUCGAUCAUAGGACUGAGGUGUCAGUGAAUAAUUUUUCUAAACGUAUUGGAACAAUGUUGGAGGAAAAUAACAAGAAUUACGCGAUACAACUCUGUCGUUUCGUGUUAAAGCCAAUCGGACUUUGGCCAAUGGUUUACAAAGACGUAUCGAUUACAGAAAAAAUCCUUUCUGCCGUAUUAGCGAUCAUGUGUUUCUUUACGAUUUGUUUCGUUCUACUACCGGCCGGUUUUUACACGCUAUUUUACGAGCACGACGUAAAUGCCAAACUGAAGCUUUUUGGGCCAGUUGGCUUUUGUUUAACCUCAACCAUUAAGUAUUGCUAUCUUGGAUUGAAAGGCGAGGCCAUUGGACGUUGCAUCGCGCACGUCGAAAACGAUUGGAAGCUGGUGCGCGAUCGGAAUCAUCGAACGAUCAUGAUGGAAUAUGCUACGCUCGGUCGUAAUCUCACUGUUCUCUGCGCCCUUUUUCUUUUCAGCGGUGGCAUGUCUUAUCAUACGGUCAUGACGCUCUCCUCGAGCAAGAAGAUCAAUGAAACUCUUACAGUAAGGGUGCUUACCUAUCCAGGAUACAACAGGUAUUUCGACGUACAGGCUAGUCCAACUUACGAGAUCAUCUUCUUCCUUCAUUGCUUGUGCGCCAUGGUCAUGUAUAGCAUAACAACGGCUGCCUGUAGUUUGGCAGCUACAUUUGUUACACAUGCUUGCGGCCAAGUACAGAUAAUCAUGACAAGAUUGAGCGAUCUCGUCGAAGGUAAGGACAGCAAUAACAUUGAACUAAACGAUCGUCUGGUCAUCAUUGUUCGAGAUCACGUCAAAACCUUAAGAUUUUCCGUACAAGUUGAAAAAGUGCUGCGUGAAGUAUGCUUACUGGAAUUGGUAGCAUCCACAUUGAUCAUAUGCUUGCUCGAGUAUUAUUGUAUGACGGAAUGGGAAAAUAACGAUCCAAUUGCAACUUUGACGUAUUUCAUCUUGUUAAUUUCUUUCACUUUUAAUAUAUUUAUAUUUUGCUAUAUCGGUGAAUUGCUAGUUGAUCAGUGUAAAAAAGUCGGAGCUGCAUCAUAUAACGUCGAGUGGUAUUGUUUACCAAAAAAUAUUGGCCUCGGCCUAAUCUUAUUGAUAGCAAUCUCGAAUUAUCCACCUAAGAUUACUGCUGGAAAAUUAUUUGAGUUAUCUCUUUUUACAUUUGGUAGCGUGCUUAAGACGUCCCUCAUUUAUCUUAACUUAAUUCGGACGAUUACAGAUUAAAUUGAAGAUAUCGAACAAUCAAAUUAGUUUUUCUCAUAAGCAUAUGUAAUUAAUUAAAUUUGCAUUUAUUUUACGAUAAAUAACAGAUGAAAUUUAUUAAGAAUAUGAAACUGUUGCGUAAUACGAAACAGGUAAAUUUACUUUUUGGAAUAUAACUUUUACAAUACAGACAUCGAGUUAAAUGAAUGUAACUAAUUAAAAUUAUCCAAUUGUAUUGUUAUUUAUAAUAAA